GAACAAAGCUUUUCGGUACCGAAGAUAAGAAGUUUGCCGCAGUGGAAAUAUCUUUGUUUAUCAUCGGAAAAUAUUUUUAUUUUUCGAUACUAUCAUGGUUUAAUGCACAGUUUUUGGAUGUAACUAUGAUUCAAGAAAAACUGAAAGUGUUAGUUAUUUUUUUGAGACGGAAAAAUUACAUUCUGUCGAAACAUUCGAGUAUCGACACGCAAGCAGAAUUAUUGAAUUUGAAGCGACCACGUAAAUUGUAUAAAGAUGCUGUUCCUACCAUCUAUAAUAGACCUGUAAUUAUGGACCAACAGCCACAGCCCCGUAAAAGGCGAGCACACACAGAGUCGAGACUACAAUCCAAACAUCGAAAAGACGAAGUGGAUCGAAUUCUCUCAGAAUCAAACUUGAAAGAUGACUUAACAGAAUCUUCACAAGAAAAUGAGUCCUUGCCAAUUGGCCAAGGAUUUACAUGUGAGCCAGCAGUGCAAUGUGACAUGUCUGUUCAGACUGAUUUCAUUGUUUUUCCACAAGUAUUUCCCCCACCAUCUUCUAUAACAGCAAAUGCUAGCACUGAAACAGCUACUAUCGUUGAAGAUACUAGCACUCAAUGUGAUGAUAUCUUUGCAUCUACUUAUGGACUCUCAAUGGAAUUUCAUUCCUACUGUUCAUCCCAAACUAACAGGGUGGAUUAGUUAGUAUCACCUACAACACCAACCAAAUCUGCCCUUAUUAAGACCAGCACACCAAUGAAGUCACCAGCAAACACCAGUUUUAUAAG